UAAACUCCGCCCCCCAACUGCCACCGCAACUCGGCGGAGUCAGCAGCACCCAGCCAUCCAGCGGCAACUUUUCGGGCAAAUCAUCAACCCAAGGCUCAGGAACAGCCCGAAAAUGAGUCACUUCAAGGAGCGCUUUGUGACUCUGCUCCAUGAGAAGAACUUUGUGACAGAUCAGUUGGCGACGCUGGAGCAAAAAACGGGAGUGAAGAGAGAGUACAUCGCCGUGGGUGUCCUGAGUCUGAUCGGGCUGUACCUUCUGUUUGGAUAUGGAGCCUCACUGCUCUGCAACCUGAUUGGUUUCGUCUACCCAGCAUAUUUCUCCAUUAAGGCCAUCGAGAGCAACGUGAAGGAAGAUGACACACAGUGGCUGACCUACUGGGUUGUUUAUGGACUCUUCAGCGUUGUCGAGUUCUUCUCUGACAUCUUCCUCUUCUGGUUCCCCUUUUACUAUGCCGGCAAGGUAGGCUGACCUUUUCAUUUGUAG